AUGGCCGACGUCUCUGCACGGCCGCACGCCUCGUUGACGUCGAGAUGGCGAUUCACCCGGUCCACAGCAAACCUGCGCGACGCAGCUCAACGCUCAGCCUCGGUGGCAUCAAAGGCAUCCGACCACCCGCCCCCAACGACCAAGCUCGAGCGUGUGUCGUCCAAAAUGUCCUUGUUCAACCUCUUCAGCCGCCCAAAGGUAGAAAAGGCUCGCGGACACACCGAAGUCGGUCUCGCAGUCCCUAUGCGUCCGCACACUCCCCCCAAACCCACCACGCCCGUCUCCAUAGCCAAGUCGUCACUGCGCCAGAACCCAUCGCCACCCGCUCAGCAGACGAUACGCGCUCGAGCAAGCCAGAGAUUCCGACCCGUGUCCCUCCGUCCUGCUAUUUCACACAACGAGUUCGGCGACUGGGACCCGCCGCCCCUCUUUCAGGCCUACCCUCAGUCUGUCAAGCAUGCCACUGUACAAGCCUGCGUCUUCGCUCCAGAGGUUCUCAUGAGGACACAGAGUCAACGGCGCCAAGCCGAGUCUAUACGCGAGAAGAUUGACAGUCAGCUCGAACUGUCUACCAUCACUGAACACAUCACAGAGGCAAAGAAGCUCGAGAAGACACACAAGCGUCUCAUGUCCAAUUCGGUGCUCCACCCACCCCCGCCAGACCUUGUCAGCAAGCUCUACGUCUUGGUCACCUCGGGCUACAUCCUCCAGUAUACUGACGACGGCCCGUUAGACAGGCUGCCGGAAAAGGUGCUCAAAUUGGGCAAAGAAUCAGCUGCCUAUGCCUGUGAUCUCAUACCCGGCAAGCACUGGGUCCUCCAAAUCUCCAGCCAUGCAACCGACGACGGCACCUUGGAUGUGGGCCCCAAGAACUCGCUUCUUACCCGUCUGCGGUCCCAGAACGCAACCACACGCAAGGCAGCAACGAGCUUUCUUUUGGUUCUCGAGAGUGCCGAAGAGAUGGACGAGUGGAUGACGAGCGUGCGAAAGGAGAUUGAUAAUCUCGGUGGCAUGCGCAUCAAGGACGACUACGCCCGCGCCUCGUCUUCUACCGACGGCUCACCACCAGGCAAAGAGUCAUCAGAAAUCAGCACUCACCGGUUCAGGACCAGCCGAGACCCGCACGACCUGAGCAAGCUUGGCUCAGCCGAACCACGGCUAUCCGACUCGCCACAAAUUGUCACCUCAGACUGGGAGACGACUGCUCCCGAACAGAUCAAACUCAGCAUCGACUCUUCCAGCGGACACUCUAUACGACCAAACAGCACUCGUGUCUCUGUCGAGAUGUCGUCGGUUACCUCUACCCCCGUCUCUCAACAUCAGAUGCAACUGGACCAGCUGCGUGGCCGUUCGCGGUAUUCCUUCAUGUCGACAGCAACGUCUGCGUCUGGUGCUGCCACUCAAAACACUUCGCGAGAGUCAUCACCCGCCCCGCAAUCGCCCACCAAAGAUGAGUUUGGUGCCGCUGGUACCAAUGAACCGCUUCGAAGUGCAAUGUCUCUGCGUUCGUUUCAGAUGAACCCCAACAGUUCUUUGUCGUCCCGGCGCAGAUCGAUGCAGCCGCUGCCCACAACGAAUGAGAACAUGCUCCAAUCCGCCGAGACACCGGCUACAAGCAAGCGCCAUUCCUUCUAUCCGUCAUCGCCUACUAGUUCGGGACUGGAAAGACCCUUCGUUACAGACGCAACCAUAGCGCCCAAAGAGGGCCCGACUUUGAGUGAAAUCGACACCACACCGAUUGACCCCAGCACCAUUGGUUUAGCAUGCACAUCACCCUUGCCAAUCAAGUCCGACACUCCCAACCGGUCUGAUAACGACAGUGACCAUCUACCUGCCCGUGAGGAUAGCCCGGUGAGAUUCAAUGCGCAGAUUUACAGCUCGCCACCCCGAAGGGACGUCAUCUCGCCUCCGCCAAAGGAGCCCGCACCCCUUCCCCCUCCCCCUGCUCAACGUCGAUCCGUCAUUAGUCCCGCGCCAGCAGGCAUCUCGCAUCCGGCACCUUAUCUAGCAUCUACCAGCAAAGACAAGACCAGGCGUCGAACCUCAGGGUCUCCCAAGCCCUUCUUACGACCCAUUCCGGUUCGACCGCAAGCCCAGCAUAUUGACAAUUCAAGAAUUCUGUCCAGGCGUCAGGCUGCCCUUGCGCCAUCACCGGCACCGGCACCAGCACCUUACCCUUUGACCAUGGGUCGAUCAGUGACCCUGCCGAUGAGGCCACCUUCGGCAGCAUCCAACAUGACGCCUACCACUAGUCCUCAUAGUCUACUUUCUGGACCAUCUCAACCACUCCGUCGGCCAGCCUCGGUCCAGGUCCGCUCUCCAGACCCAGCGCCUUUCUUGUCAAUCCGUCCUGUGCGGCCCAUUCAAUCAACCCCAUCGUUUGUUCCCGGCCGGAGAAUGUCGAGCAUGCCAGCACCAUCAACUACGAGCAAUUACCAGUCAGUGCUUCAUGUUGAGACGCUGAGGCAGCGAACACUAGCGCAACAAAAUGAGCACAAGACUAUCACUCCCAGACGUAGUCUGGCGUCAUUCAGACUCCCACCACCCGCGCCUCCGCCAAACAUGCCUCUUCCUCUACCUCCUCGUAAUGUCACAUCGCCCACUCCGCCGCCCAACAUGCCGCUCCCUCCAACGCCACCAAACAUGGGUCUCCCAGCCCCACCGCCCACCAUGCCGCUGCCUCCUACGCCGCCCGAGGUUGCAUUGAGAGGCACUGCUGUCUGA